CUCUCUGCAUCCAUCUCGACCACCCCCGCUGAGCCCGGAUCGCCAUUCGAACGAUGGGCAAGCAGAUCAUCGUCCAGCUCUUCUCCGGCCUCGGCCCGCUGUGCAUUCCGUUUGAGGCGGAUGCCACAGUGGCCUCGCUCAAAGACGUUCUCGAGGAAAGGCACCACAUCCCGCGAGACCUGCAGCGCAUCACCUGCGGCGCUCGCAACAGCAUCUCGCUCCUGGACGACGAAUCCAUCUUUACCGACAGCGACGAGGAGUGCGAUGACGGCCAGACCCAUCCACCGGUCUUCAGCGUGCUCGUGCGCCUGCCGGGAGGAAAAGGCGGAUUCGGCAGUAUGCUGAGAGCACAGGGCGGCAAGAUGGCCUCGCAGAAAACGACCAACUUUGAAGCCUGCCGAGAUCUGUCGGGACGGCGCCUGCGGGUCGUCAACGACGCCAAAAAACUGGCCGACUACGCUGAGAAGGAGCCCGAACGAGAGAAACAAAAGCAAGAAAAAAUGCUCGAGAAGAUCGAAAAGGGUCUCGCCGAGCCUGCUCGAAAGAAGCACCGCUUCGACGACCUCGAGUUCAGCAAGAACCACGAGCGGAUUCUGGAGGAUGCCCUCGAUGUUGUUGAGCGAGGUCUGGUGCAAUCGGACAAGGGCAAGGGCAAGGCACGAGCUGUCGAGCCUGCCGAGAAGCCUGGAAAGAAUCUCUCGUUUUGGGAUGAGGAGGGCGAAGAUGAAGAUGAAGAUGAAGAUGAAGAUGAAGAUGAAGAUGAAGAUGAAGAUGAAGAUGAAGAUGAAAGCGAAGAGGAUGGCGAUGAUGAGAAUUCCGAUGGCGCCAACCUGGAAGCGGACAGCACCGAGGAAGAGCACAGCGAGCCGUCGUCGUCGUCGUCGUCGUCCCGGCGCCCGUAGGGAGAUGACAAGGGGCCCAGGCGCAAAUCAUGCAAGAGCUGAGUCCGCAGCAUACUCUUUUUUGGCUCUCCAAUAUAGCAAACUCAUGACAAUCCA